GGUAAAUUAUGCAACAAUUGUACAGUACAGGGUAACAUUAUUCCAAAAUGGCGAUCUGGUUAACGAAGUUUGAAACGGAAAACAGGAUUAUAUAGCUUUGUAUUUGAAAUAACAGCGAUGAGCUUUUCGUCAUCAGAUAGGCACUCUAACAGGCGAAAGGACAUUAAACAGGGUAGAGGACGGGAACAAAGGCAAAAAUAUGACGUGAACUCAUCUAUCCUCCUCCAAAAUUUUUCAAGCUUUCAAAAAGAACUUGAUUGUAGGUACGACAAACGAGAGCGCAUUGUUAAGCUGAAUCGAGAUACCACAAUUGCAAGCAAAAGGCUCAUUUUUCAACUGCAUCGUUCUUCAGAUGAUGAAGAAAACUUACCAAAGCUACUACAAGAUGCACAUUCAAAAGUAAUUGAAAUCAAAGGCUUUCUGGAAAAGAUUGCAAUGGAACUUGUUGAUGAUGACCCUUGUAAGUUUGCAGCUGCUUAUUCUGGAGGUAUCCAGGAAUAUGUUGAAGCAGUUACAUUUUACAAUUUUAUUAGAGACAACACAUUGUUAUCAUAUGAAGACUUUUGCAAAAUGUAUCUGUCAGAUGAAAAGGAGGAGGGACCUAAAGCAAACAUUCUGUUAACCCAUCUAGAUUAUAUAUUAGGGGUAGCAGAUUUAACUGGGGAGUUAAUGAGAUUGUGUGUAAAUUGCAUUGGAGUUGGGAAUCACGAAAAAUGUAAAGAAAUCUGUAACUUCCUGAGAGAAGUGCAUAGUCAGUUUCUUUUUAUUUCUGGAAGAGGACUCAAAGAUUUGAAGGACAAAGCAAAAGUAUUGAAACAGAGUCUUGAAAAAGUUGAAGCAGCUUGUUAUGCAGUUCAUGUUAGAGGAUCAGAAGUCCCAACUCACCUUCUAGUUGACCUUAUAAAUCAAAGGGAUGCAAGCCACGAUGUUGAUGAACCAGCAAAUGAACAGUCAUAGCCAAGACAUAUUCCAUAGGUGCUCAAUAAAGCUGGUGGAUUUAUGUUGUUGCAAAAACCACUAGACAUUAUAGUAUAAUAUUUAGAAAUUCACUGAAAUUUAUCACAUUGAAGGAAAGGUUAAAAAAGCUGAGGAAUAAAUGGUAAUUGAAAGUAUUUUUUACUAUUGCUGAGCAUGUUGACUUAGGCAAAAGAUGGGGUAAGACUGUGAAAGUUAUCUUUUGUAAACCAGAUACUUCAAAAUCGUUUUAAACCUGUUUGUAAAGCAAACAAUGCAAGGUGAAGUCCAGCAGUUGCCAAGAAUGAGGGUCUUAGAAAGUUUCUUUGGUUUGGUGACUGGCCUUUAUAGACCUUGUUUAGCCUCUGCCAUGAAGCUACACAUACUCCUCACUUUAUUUUUUACUUGUUUCUGUGAAUAAACACUCAGUGGUCUACACUUUGUAACAACACUCUUACUUCCUGCCAGUAAAUUUGUUGGAGCAAAGAAAAUUUCAAAAGCAAACUAUGAUGCACCACCCAUCCUGGUAAAGUGGAAUUUUUUGGUGUGCUGGUAAUCACAAGCCUUGAAAAGUUAUGGCAUGUGAUGCGUAAAACAGAGAUCAUGCAAUUUUUUUGAAGCUCUAAUAGCAUUUGUGCAUAGACAAUAAUUUCAGAAGAAGUUUCUUAAAAGCAAAAUAAUUAAACAAAAAUAAUACAAGUGCACUCCCUUAUUGUAUGAGAGCUGACUCCCUCUUCUCCCUUUUCGAAACCAGAGUCAUUUGAAAACACUGUUCGAAGUGGAGUCAUUCCAAAAUGGAGUCAUUUGAAAAUGUGUUGUUUUAUUGCAAACAGCAAAAAUCUCUGAAGAAUUAAUUUUCAGUUUCACAAAGACCUUGAACAAUAGAUAUGAGAACUGAUAAAAACGGGGUUGUUUUGACCAAAAGGGAGUGGCCUGAAGUAAUGGGAAUGGUCCAAGAAAAUAUUAAAAUGGGAAGAUCUGAAAACAGAGACAUACGAAAAUGGAGUAAUGAAAACAGGGUCUCAAAUAAUGAUUAUCCCUCCCCCCAGAAAUGCUAUGAAGAUAAUUCACACAAAAGAAAUUUCCCUAAUGUCCACUAAAAAGCAAAUUUAAUUUCAUGGAAGAAAUCACAUGACCCUAAUGCAUUUGAAUUAACAUGCUGGAAAUUUACUAUCAAAACAUAGAAAUGUGGCCAAAUAUCACAAAUUGUAGUCUUGCCUAGAAAGACAAAAUACUACUGAUAUUUCAAUUGAAUAACAACUAUUUGAACCACCGAAUGAGACCCUUCUUGAUUAAUGAUUGUUUGCUAUUAAUACAGCCCUGUGGGGGUUUGCAGUAGGGUUUCUAAGGUACUUGCAUAACAAACAUUCAAACUCAUCAGACAAUACAAACUAUUUUACUGAAAGUGUUAUUAGCCUUUGAAAUUUCUCCCCCAUUGUUUGAGGAAUAUCUCUUGAACAAAAUAUUUUUUCCAUAUUACUUUGCUGGUAAGUGAUCUUGCCCUAGUUUUCAAUUGUUCUAAAUUUGGUUCUGGUAUUUAGUAUCUUAUUGGAUGCAUUUUUUAUCUUAUUGUAGACAAUAUUUUAUCAACUAAGCAAAGGUUUAGUGAAAUUUAGUGAAUAAGAGGUUUAAAAAAACUUUAUUAUCCCCUGUAUAAGUAUAGGGUACUUCUGCUUUAUCACCAAAAUUUGGAAGGAUGAAUUGAAAGUGUUAUAGCAGGGUUCACAACUCUUCCAUUUCUGUCAUUCAGCCUUUUGUUGUCAUUUUAUUUUCCAUUUCUAAUGUUGAUUAUUAGUGCUGUUUUUAUAAAUCGCUUUGGUACAGAGAAAUUACUAUGUUAAUUUCAUAUUUAUCUGCAAAUCCUUUUAAAUAAUCUUAAAUUUCAAUACUGCAGCAAAAUUAAUUUUACAGUGAGAAUUUUAGUGUAGAUAAGACACAUUAAGUUUAUGAGGUCACUAUCUCAGUAUUUCAUGAAAACGAUAAAAUUUAAUAAAAAACAUUGCACUUAACAAGUUAACAUAAUGUCUUGCUAGUUAAUCAGCUGCCUCACUUAAAAUGGACCUAAAUCCAACUUUUUCUAAUUCUGUUAUCAGCUCUCCAUUUUGAUGUAACUGGAUCAUUAUAUCACAACCUCCAACAAAUUCUCCAUUAAUAUAAACUUGUGGAAUAGUUGGCCAAUUUGAAAAGUCUUUAACUUUUUGUCUAAGUUCAUCAUCUUCCAGGACAUUGAAGGCAGUGAUAUCAACAAUACCGUGCAUUUGGAAAAUCGUUACUACAGCUUUGCUAAACCCGCACAUGGGAGCUUCUGGUGUACCCUUCAUGAAAACAACUAUUUUAUCCUUUUUAAUGAUGUUAUCAAAAGCUUCGUUGGUCCAUUUUGCGUCAGAGCUAUAUAAUCUAAACGCUACUGGUUGCAAAUUGGAACUUGGCCUGGUGUAUAUCUUCGGCCUAGCUGCCGUCACAAAUGCGGGCAUAGAUGCAUUUCUUGCUGCACGAAAAAGUGUCACCAGUCUUCUGGUACAAAAUGGGCGCAGCAUAAUUC